AUGUGGAAAUCGAUAAUUUUGGACGUUGAGUGCAUCGUUUGCAACAAAUCGUUGCAAAAGAUUAAUCACGUUCCACCUAAAGUGCCCCUGAAAAUGAGAAAAAUUACUACUCGUCGAUCGAGGACUCCUAACUGGUCAAUUGAUGAGAAACAGUUUCUUCUAGAGUUAAUUAAGGAACGCAAAGAGGUAAUCGUUACCAAAAAUAACAACGGGCCUAACCAUUCUGAAGAAAAGGAUGUAGCUUGGAAUGAAAUUUUAAGAGAAUUAGUUGCUAAAUUCGGUAAUAAGUUUUCGGAGAGCUCAAUAAAAAAGGUGAAAACGCAGUGGCAAAAUAUGAAACGUAUUGCACGCGAGGAAAUAUCGCAAAGCGGAAUGGAUGCACAAAAGUAUACACGACAAUCAUUAGAGGUAUGCAAUAUUUUGGAAUUAGUGAAAGAUGGAGAAUUUAAAAAGGAUAAUGAAAACUUCAGUGACACAAUACUUAGUACUAAUGUUGAAAUUAAGUCAGAAACUGUAGAUGAAGAAAUGAUUCAGCCUGGUUGUAGUGGCCUUAAUGGCUUUCAUUCAUUUGGUCAAGAUAGACAAAAUAUUAUAGAUGACACUAAUAUUCUCACAUCAUCACCAUCCGUUACUGAACAAAUAUCUGAAACUAUUGACCAAGAAAAUAUUGAAAUAAUCCAAGAAAACACUGAAAUAAACCAAGAAAACAAGGACAAGUCUAAGAAAAAUGUUAGCAUUAUGACCGAUAUGACAAUUGUGGAUGGAUUUAAUAUCAAUCCGUUUCAUAAAGAACUUCAAGAUUUUUUCAAAUACUCUAAUACUGAAAAGAUGCUGAAACUGGAGACUUUGAAAGAGGAACGUCAAGUUGUACGGGCAAUGAGAGAGGCAGCAGAAUUAAAUAAAAUCACAGCGGAGCAAAAGCUUAAGCAUGUUUUAUGGGUAAACAAAUGUGAAAUGUCGUAA